AUGAAUCAUAUCACUUUAAAUAGUUUAGAACUUUCUACUUUAAAUAGAGUACGUGUGUGUAAUAUUAAUCUAUCUAUGAACAAGACAGAUUCAAUUUUAUCAGAUGACAACCCAUUCUAUGUCCUUAUACCACACUUCUUAUUUAAUCAUAUUAUAAUAUUAUUUAUUAGAAUAUUAAUAACAAAUCAAAUUGGUUCCAAAUAUUUAUCAAAAGUAAGUUUGAUGUUUAAUUUUUGGUUAUUUCCUGAUAUAAUCUAUCAGAGAUAUACAAUGUUUCACAGCAAUACAGUACACUCUUAUCUAUCAACAACUACUAAAGAUUUUUAA